AUGACAUUGAGUUUUUCUCCCUUCUCCAUUAAAGACAUCCUCACCAAACGUGACUACCGGGGGAAGUCCGGUACGUGGAGAGGAGAGCUCGGCGAACCAAAGCGCAACAACGAUGGAAGCAGAGUCCCGGAUCUGUUUGAUCUCAACGCGGAUGAGAGCAGAAACAACCAGAGGGGACUUCCUGCUGAUCUCAGGCUGUCUGUAGGAAAUCUACGACCUGAUAGUUGUAGUGAGGAGUCUACAGGAGAGGACACGGAGCACAGACAAGAGCAGCAUCAGCGCCUUCAUGAGCAGCAGAAUGACGCAGGAGCAGCUGAGGGGGGAUUUCAGCAGAGCAGGCCCGGCACUAAGAAGCGCUCCAGAGCGGCCUUCUCUCACGCGCAGGUUUACGAGCUGGAGCGCCGCUUCCACGCGCAGAGGUACCUCUCCGGUCCUGAACGUGCCGACCUGGCAGGAGCGCUGAAACUCACAGAGACCCAGGUAAAAAUCUGGUUCCAGAACAGGAGAUAUAAAACCAAACGGAGGCAGAUGGCGGCCGAGCUGGCAGCGAUCGGACCGCCGAGGAGGGUGGCGGUCAGAGUGCUUGUGAGGGACAAUGAUAGGCAGCAGCAUCAGCUGAAUGGACUACACUUCCCAGUGACUGCACCUCUGUAUCAGCCGUACUACCAGUGUGUGAACUACCAGUGUGUGAACUACUGCUGCCAGCCAUGGAGCAACAACAGCCUGCAGUGAACAACUCCACUCAUUUAGACUGACUUAAAGCAGCAGCUGCUUGAACUGAAGUUAAAAGAUGAGCCUUACACCACUUUCUAGAAACGGACUCAG